AUGGUGGUUAUAAUUGAUAUCAGCAGAGAAAGAGAAGUGAGGAAAAGAGAAGUACUUCAUCGACUAAGAGGCCAUGACGAUGAAAUACACUGUCUGGCCUGGUGCCCUGUCCCUGGUGAAGAAAGGUUGCCUGCUUGGCAAGAUGAGCUCCAAGUAGUUCCUUCAGAGGAAGGCGAAGUUCCAAAUGGGGAGCUGACACAGGACACAACCACGAAGAAAGGUUGUUACCUGGCUUCGGGAAGCAAAGAUCAGACCAUACGAAUAUGGAGCUGUACUAGAGGCAGAAGUGUAAUGACUUUGAAGUUGCCACCCACGAAGAGAAGAGGUGGAGCUGUUGAUCCUGCUGUUAAAGAGCGCAUUUGGCUGACUGUUCACUGGCCGCCUGGUCGUUCCACAGAAAUUGUAUCCAGCGGUUUUGGAGGAGAACUGCUGCUCUGGGAUUUGACCCAAUCUGGAAAACGCAAGUGGACACUUCUAGGAUCUUCAGAAGGACAAAAUCACUCCCGUAUUGUCUUCAAUCUGUGUUCUGUGAAGCAUCAGGACAAAGAGCUCCUUUUUUCCAUUUCAAUGGACAGAGAUGUGAAGUGCUGGGACCUAUCAACUCUCGAUUGUAGCUGGACCAUGCCCUCGCUUGGGGGAUUUGUCUAUAGUCUUGCCUUCUCCCCUGUGGACACAGGCUGUCUUGCCAUAGGUGUUGGAGACAGCAUGAUCCGGGUGUGGAAUACUUUGUCCAUGAACAAUAUUUAUGACGUUAAAACCUUCUGGCAAAGCAUAAAGUCCAAGGUUACAGCAUUAGCCUGGCAUCCAACUAAGGAAGGCUGCUUGGCGUUUGGAACAGAUGAUGGAAAAGUUGGCAUAUUUGACACUUUCUCCAGCAGUGCUAAGAAUAAGCCACCUCAGAUCUCCAGUACUUACCACAAGAAGACUGUAUACACAUUAGCCUGGGGGCCUCCGACUCCUCCUCUGUCUUCUGGAGGAGACGGUGAACAGCCCUCUGUAACUUUAUAUAGUUGUGCUGGAGAAGGUAUUGUUUUUCAACACAACCCCUGGAAGCUUAAUGGAGAGGCAAAUGACAUUAACAAAGUCAUCCGAGACACUAAUUCAAUCAAACACAAACUGCCUGCGCGUACUGAGAUCAGCUGGAAACCAGAUGGCAAACUCUUGGCUCUUGGCAAUGAAGAUGGCUCAAUUGAAAUAUUUCAGGCGCCAAACUUGAAGUUGCUCUGCACUAUCCAGCAACAUCAUAAACUGAUUAACGCUAUUCGUUGGCAUCACGAGCAUGGGAGCCAGCCAGAGCUGAGUUACUUGAUAGCUUCAGGCUCAAUCAAUGCCACUAUUUAUGUGCAUAAUCUGAAGAGCGUUUCAGAGGGCACUCCAGAAAGUCCUUUGACAAUAACGGAGCCUUUUCGAACUCUGGCUGGGCACACAGCUAAAAUCACAAGUCUUUCUUGGAGCCCCCACCAUGAGGGAAGAUUGGUAUCUGCUUGCUAUGAUGGCACUGCACAGGUAUGGGAUGUUAUGAAGGAAGAGCCACUCUGUAACUACCGGGGGCACCAGGGCCGCCUACUGAGUGUCCAGUGGUCACCAGUGGAUUCAGAUGCUGUUUAUACAGGAGCAGAUGAUUUUUCUGUUCACAAAUGGCACAUCUCAAAGCAGGAGCACACACGGCCUCCUCAGGGCAAAAAGAGUAUAGAAUUAGAGAAAAAAAGAAGUAUGCAACCGAAAGUCAAAACCAAGAAGAAGAAAAAGCCCAUAGGAAAGAGUCCAGCCAAGCAGGAUCUAAGUGAUGCCGUGAAUGGAGAUGAGAGCGCGAAGGAAAUGUUGCCAGAGGAAAAUGGAGUGUCGGACCAUGAAGGAGAAAAAGAAGCUCAGGAGGCAGAGUUGCCCAAUAAAGUCUCCAUGACUGUGUCCAAGGAUACAUCUUCACCUGCAUAUGAUUAUUCUUCAUUCAGCUUGCCAAAGCCUUUUGUGACCCAGAAAGCCAUUCCUGUGAAAAAGGAUCCACCUAAAGACAAACCAACUCCUGAUGCCUCUCUGAAGAAGAGGAAGCCUCGUUCUAUUCUACCCUUCAGCACAUUCAUGGAUCACAGAUCAAAAGAUGAAUUGCAUCAGGACUGCUUGAGGCUGGCUACAUGUCUGAAAAACAAAGAUAAUAAUGAAGAUGUGUCCCCUGACCUCAAGGAUCGCAUCCACCUGGGGCUGUUCGCAGACAGGGCUUCUCUGCACAAGAUGAUUGAUGUGGAAGGAAAACAUCACUUGGAGAAUGGGCAUCCAGAGCUCUUUCAGCAGCUUAUGUUGUGGAAAGGAGAUAUGAAGGGUGUCCUCCAGGCAGCUGCUGAGAGGGGAGAGCUAACAGACCAGCUGGUAGCAAUCUCACCCAUGGUUGGAUAUCAGGCCUGGGUUUGGACAGUAGAAGCCUUUGUGAAGCAGCUGUGUUUUCAGGAGCAGUAUGUGAAGGCUGCCUCCCAUCUCCUGUCCAUCCAUAAAGUGUACGAGGCUGUCGAGCUCCUGAAAGUGAACCAUUUUUACAGGGAAGCAAUUGUAAUUGCUAAGGCCAGGUUGCGUCCAGAAGAUCCAAUUCUGAGGGAUCUCUACACCAGUUGGGCAGCUCUGUUAGAGAAAGAUGGUCAUUAUUCCAUGGCCGCCAAAUGUUAUUUGGGGGCUUCCUCACCCUAUGAUGCAGUUAAGGUGUUGGCAAAAAAGGGGGAUGCGACAUCCCUUAAAACUGCUGCUGAGCUUGCGCUGGUGUCUGGAGAGGAGGAGUUGUCAGCAACUUUGUCUUUCAGAUGCGCCCAAGACCUGCUGCUAUCGCGGAACUGGGUGGGAGCUCAGGAAGUCCUUCAGCAACAUAAAACUUUAUUUGGACAGAGACUUGUUUUCUGCCUUAACGAACUGCUUUGCAAGUGCCUUAGUGAAAGAAAUCCCUGUAACCGAAAGAGCCUGGUGCCUCCCUGUUACCACAGCUGGGAGCUGAACAGAGAGGCCUCAUUUUUUGACAUGGUGGUAGAAGUGUGGCAGAAUGUAUUGGGCAUGGACACCGCUGAGCAAGCCACAUGUGCACGGGAGCAGCUGCACAGUAUUGAGCAUCCUCCUUCUACCAGCAACACACCCCCAAAGCAGGUGCUUUUCCGUAUCUCCCAUGACCUAACCCUUGCAGCCCUGAGCUAUCAGACUGCUACCUGGGAUGAGGCAGUGAAAAGUAUUCUUGGAGCUGUGACCCGCAGUUAUGAUGCUGGCAAUUUCACUCUGAUGCAAGAGAUUUGCAGUAUCAUCCUUCCUGAAGGCUGUGAUAACCUAAGACGCAAACUGGACAGCACGAAUUCUGAGAGCAUGGACGCUUGCAGAAGUUUGGAGGGCUUUGUGGCUUACGAACGGCUGUAUGACCUGUGGUGGAACCCACCCAAAGACUCCCUUGUCUUGCAAAAGGCUGUUUUGGAUCCUGUGCUGUGUCCCAGUGAGCAGACGGCUCUUGAGAAGAGUUACGUUUCAGGUCAGUCCUCCUCUGAAGAAACUCCUGAUCAAACUGCAGUUGAGAUGGAUGAAAAUCUCUGCAAUACAACUGAAGUUCAUAGGUGUGAGACAGAAAGUGACUCAAGAACUAGCUCAGUCGAUUUGGUAGAGGGACAGUCAAAAUUGAAUGGCUGCGAAGUGCUUCUUUCAGAAGAGAUUGCUGCUUUACAGAACACCCAGAGAGAUAUAGCUGAGGUCCAGCAGAUUUUAGCAGAUAUGAUCCGCCAGCACCAGCAGCAGAGGAACAAUCUCCAGGAAAACACAAAUGGAAGCACCCAGGAAAGCAACCUGCAGCAGAGUUCAGAGACUGAAUCAGACAAACCACGCUCUGACAGCAGCCAGAUGAAUUGUAAAGAUGAAGUAAAGGAACCAAUUACGCUCCCUGAGCUAACAAAGCAACUUCUAAAAGCAAAGCAGAAACUAGCAGAAUUUCCAGACAAUUUAAAGGUCUUCCCGUUCCCCGACGUGCUGGAAUGCUGCCUUGUCCUCCUUCACAUUGGAUCCCGGUGCCCUCCGGAACUACACGAACAGGCGCUGGAUCUCCUUAGGAAACACGGUAGCGCUGAUAUUUACAAAAAGGCUGGCAGGAGGUUCUUGACGUGA